AUGAAGCUAACGGAAGCAGCAGUUCGAAUUGAAGCUCUUGAAGCCAAGGCAGACAGCCUGGUAGCAGAAUGUUUGAAAAUACGUGAAGAAAACGUAAAUGUGAAGGAACUGGUUGAUAAUUUGUACAGGAACACAACAAUUCGGAAAGAGAAUACCAAAAAGUCUCACGUGAAAAUCAAAGAACUCAAGUUAAAGGUGGAAGAAGUAGAAACCAAUAUUGGCAACAGUAGACAAAUCGAGGCAAAGAAUCUGCAAGAAAAAGUUGAUGAAGUCAUCAAUGUACAGGAAAAUGUUAGGCAGAUUGAAAGUAAUUUGUCAAGCAGCCAGUCUCAAAGAAUGGAAGAGGCAAAACAGAUGACAGUUACAUAUGCCGAUGUAUCUAAAGUAAAUGAAACUGUAAACGAAAUGGGAAAAAGGUUAGAAAAAGACAUCAAGAUCGCAAAGGAAGAAAUAAAGACAGAGCUUGCAGAGACGGUAAAGGAAAAUGAAUUUAAGUUACACCUUGGGCAAAACGCAAGGAAUAUUGCAAUUUUGGCUGAUGUAAACAAGAACAGAGUCAUAUUGGGGCAUGGAGAAAAAGUUGUAGAAGAUGGAAUCAAGUGA